ACCCAACGAGGAUGAUAGGAAGCAGAGGUCUCCAGAAAUUAGUGGAGCAAGUAGAAAACGUCUGAACUCUUCAACUGUUUCCCUUCCUACUAUUCAGAACUCAGACACUAUCCAGGAAAUGUCAGCAUUCCAGUUAUAAUGCGGAAACCUAAAGGUUGGUAUGUUUGCAGCUGUCAAAGAAAAAAACCAGAAGAACAAAGUCAAUCGUAGUUAGAUGACAACCGCCAUGCUAACGAAGUACACAAACCAAGUACAACGCUUGCGUCCGCCGCCAUUAUUCAGCCAGCCGUACUGUCACUAAGCCUAAACUGUGGGACCCACCCCAUUGUAGCUCUAGGUGUGUUUGUGUGUGGGGAUGGAGAGUCAGAGUCCGGCCGUGGUCCCUCCAAUGCCUGACCUUAGUCACCUCAGUGAGGAAGAGAGGAAGAUAAUUGAAAAUGUUAUGCAGAGGCAAAAAGCUGAGGAAGACAAGGAGCGGGAAGUACUCAAGAAAAAACAAGACGAGGUAAAGUUACUAGAAAGUGCUAUCCAGAAGCGAAAGGAGGAACACCUGAAGCUUGGAAUCGAAUUAGAUGCUACCUGUGAGCUGUGUUUGAAAACUAAAUUUGCAGAUGGAAUUGGACACAUCUGUAAUUACUGCAACGUUCGCUGCUGUGCUCGAUGUGGAGGCAAAGUUACCUUACGAUCUAAUAAAGUUAUUUGGGUGUGCAUUCUAUGCAGAAAAAAACAAGAGCUCUUGAUUAAGACCGGAACAUGGAUGCAUGGAAACUUGGGAAGUCAAGAAGGGAGCUUGGAUCAGGGAUCAGGAGGGGAAUCCACGCCAAUCAAAUCAGAACUAACUCCCUCGUCCGAUAGACGUAUGAGGCUAGAGCGAGGUCAUAGUUCAGAAAAGGAAAAUAUCCUUCAACCUACAUUAACUCAUCCCGGUGGUGGGCAGUCUCUUCCAAGCAGCCGGCGAGGGUCACUACAGCGCACGGGUAGUUCUCAGAGUAGGGAUUUAAAACGGCAGUUCUCUCAAGAGACUCGUCCCUCCUCUGAAUAUACUUAUAAAGUGGCGGACAAACCCCCAUCAGACAGGGGACGAGGAGGCUCAGACAAAAGUCCCUCACAAGGAGAAUCCCGAAAGAGGAGAUCAAUUCAUGAAGAUGAUUCCAGACACCAUCGAGAGGGAAGUGAUAGAGGGCGCCACUUGCAUAAAGACGGCGCACGUUCGAGAGAGCACUCUCCAGAGCCACCUACAAGACAAGAACGUGAACGUGGAGAACAAGAUUUCGAAUGUGAAAGAACAAGAGAAAGAUCCCGUGAAAGAAAGCGUGAGGUCUCAAGUGAGAGAAAAAGAGAAGAAAGAAAAGGAAGUCGGGAACUGAGAAGGGAUGAACUCAUAACUCGAGAUGAUAUUCGUUUAAGGGAAAUUUCUAGAGAUCAGAACGUUGAAAGAGGUCGAGAAGACGAUCGAAUCCGUGUGCGUGAGCCGUCGGUUGAAAGGUCACGCUCUUACGACGAACGAAGACCUUCACGUGAACGACGCUCGUUCGAAGAGCGAAGGCCUUCGCGUGAAAAUGUUAAUCAAAAUUAUGAGCGUGAACCUCAAGAGAGACUUCGUGAUCAUGAGCAUCGUUCUCGGAGAGAUACGAGUGGCGUACGACACGUUCACCCUGAUGACAAACGUGACUCCUCAUACAGACAAAAGCUUCCGAAUAGUUCCGAACGGGAACAUUAUGUUGUGAAGCCUGUGGUGUCCUCUAUUGAUCUCGAAAGUCGAGCUCGACCUGAAUAUAUAAUUAGGAGAAAUCAUCUGGAUCCUAGUUCGGCUUCAGUAGUAACGAUUGAUUCUAGGGGGCGCUCUAAUAAUAAUAAUAAUCGACGUAAAAUUGAGUCAGUCGUUCGCAAUGACUCCUUGAGCUCUGACCAAUCAGAAUGUGUCAGGCCACCUCCACCUAAACCUCACAAACACAAACGUGGUAAGAAACAACGACAAAGAUCUCUUAGCAGCUCUGAUGACGAGAUUAGGUCGACACCAGAGUACUCUAGUUGUGAAGAACAAGACAUAGAAAGUGAGAGUGUCAGUGAAAAGGGGGAGCAUGCACACUUCCGUUUCAGAUCACACUGUUGUGAUCUCAACUCGGCACUAAGGAAGAGCUGUAAACUUCAAAGAGAUCCUGAGUGCUACUAUGACAGCCAAGAUAUAAGGAGUCCUUUCGAUAGUCGAACCCACAAGAAAACUGUCCGCUUCAAUCGAGAGAGCGCCCCCUGCCGCCAACACUCCGACGAAUUUUGGGAUGAACAACAAACUAAAGACUCUGGGAUAGACACAAGUAGCAGCGCUACCCUAAAUGAAGAAAACAAUCGUAAGCAUCCUGUAUCCUGGCAACCGUCUACUGACGGGACAAAAAUGAUAGGACAUAUGAUUUUGAAGAAGACUUUGAAAGAGGGAGCUGGUAGCGUCUCAAGUGCAUCCAUCCUUGGCCUAAAAGUGGUGGGAGGAAAAUUCUUUGAGUCUGGACGUAUUGGUGCUAUGAUAGAAAAGGUGAAAAGAGGCAGCAUAGCGGAUACUGUUGGUCAUCUGCGGCCAGGUGAUGAAGUGCUAGAGUGGAAUGGGCGUUCCUUACAAGGCAAGACUUAUGAAGAAGUCUAUGAUAUUAUAGCAGAAUCUAGGCAAGAACCCCAAGUAGAGUUAAUUGUUUGUAGACCUCUCAGUGAUGUUGGACGAGUGGACUUAAGAGAAAGAGCCAUAAGAAGACUUGUAGGAGCUCCUUCUGAAACAACUUUAGACCCCAGAAUGCACAGUUCCAUCAAAGAUCGAAGACCUAGUGUCACCAUAACAUCACCUGGUUCCCCUGAAACAGUUCGUGUACGUCCUCAGUCAUUAGUGGUAGGCGGAAGGAUACAGGUGAAACUCUGGUAUGAUGUCACAGCUCUCCAACUAGUAGUUACAAUUGUAAGUGCAGCAGGGCUAACCCCUAGGGCUAAUCAACAAGCCCGCAAUCCUUAUGUUAAAAUGUUUCUUCUUCCAGACAGAAGUGAGAAAAGUAAACGCCGAACAAAGACUAUUGCUAAUGCCAGCGAACCCAAGUGGAACCAAACCUUUGUGUAUUCUCCACUAAGGAGGUCAGAUUUGAAAACAAGAGCCUUGGAAAUCACUGUGUGGGACUAUGACAGAUAUGGUGCUAAUGAUUUUCUGGGUGAAGUAAUUAUUGAUCUUUCUUCAGUCCCUUUAAACAAAGAAGUGCAAUGGUUUUUCCUGACCAGCCAUGAAGAUAGCCUCAAUUCUUUGCUGCGCCGGCAGAACAUGUAUCUGGAUACAGAGGCAGCCAGUACAAUAACUUCAACUGAUCACCUAUCUCCUCCUUCUACUCUGUCUAGACUCUCUGAUAGUGAUAUAUCAGAGUUUGACCUAGAUGAAGGCAGUAGUCUUCUGAGAGAUCGUCGUCUAGCUGGUGUAGAUGGUGCUAGUAUUAGCUCUCUAGGGAGUAGUUCCAGCCCCCCACUGGUUAGAGAAGAAUUUGGCAAUAUCAUGGAACGCAGAUCUAGGCGAGAUAUGUCACCUAGUGGUAGAAGACAAUCUGGAACAAUUGCCACUCGAAAUGAACUAGUUUAUGAUCAAAAUGGAAGGGGCCCAGUGAUAAUGACUGAAAAUAUUCCACCUACGCUGUCUGCAAUCAGGGGACGCUCUCGAUCAGCAGUACACCAAAAUGAAAGCAGAAUUUCAAGAUCAAGAUCUCCAUCCAGAAGAGGAAGUGAAGGAACUACGAGGUCAUUAUCCCCGCCAGAAAUUAGGCCACAUUCGCCAGUGAUUGGUCCCCCCAAUUUAGCCUGGCGGUAUCCCUUUACAAGAGAAGGUUUCUCAUCAAGUGUAAACUCUCCAAAAAAACGUCAGUUACCUGCCAUUCCUCCAUCUCUUCGACAUACUUCCCGUAACCAAAUGACGUUAGACCUAGAGGAAAGAGCCCGCCAGUUAAAGCUUCGGAUGCAGAUGCAACGGAGGGGAGGAGCUAUAACACCUGUAGCCAUGUACUCUGAUAGUGAAGUCACUUCUAGAAAUGCUGUCGAGAAACAACUUCACGUUCAUCCCCACAGAGGGCGUUUACAGCCAGGUGCUAUGAAGGGCAGUAGUCGUCACAUGUCACCUGGAGUAGGAAUGAGCCCUGAAAAAGAGACAGUUGAAAUGAUAACAGGAAUUGAAAGUGAUGGAUCAGAGACAAGCUCAGUCUCCAAAUUCAGCAUUAAUAGUGCCUUCUCAAUCCAGUCAGAGCGUCCCAGAGGAAGCCGUACUCUCAGUGAAUUCACCACAAGAAUGCAGGGCUAUGGACCAGUUCACCCACCUCGACCUGUAAGGAGAACUCUCAACCGAAGUCUCAGCAGUGAAGGUGGAAGUGAUGAAAAAGCAGAUGGCAGUCUUUCUGAUACUGCAGUAGGCACUAUAACAGAAAAGGCUGGAAUGUUAGAACAACAUGGAGCUCCUGGGAAGAGCUGGGGAGGAGGUAAAAUGGCCCAACUUAUGGGCUUAUCUAAGAAAAGUAGCAGCACUUCUCAACUAAGUGUGACAGGUCAUAAGAAACGUUUAGGGUUCCGGAGGAAACGUUCUUCCACAAUCAAUGUUCAUCGGAGUGAAGAGAUUGCCCCACAAGAGUGUCGUCACUUGGUCAAACAGUCUAGUAGUGUUUCAUCUGAUGGGGAAGGAAGUUUAAGUAGUGACAGUACUGCGUGGAUCCCUUCUCUCCGUUUAACACCAGAUGGAGAGUAUUCGCACUUUGUUGAAGGACUAGGUCCGGGUCAGCUUGUUGGUCGACAGGUUUUGGCAUCCCCAAGUCUAGGAGACAUUCAACUAAGCCUAUGUGAUCGAAAAGGAAACCUUGAAAUUGAGGUUAUUCGUGCAAGAGGGUUGCAGCCAAGACUAGGAGCAAAGUUGUUACCAGCACCUUAUGUUAAGGUGUACUUAGUUAAUGGGAGGAAAUGCAUCGCUAAAGCUAAAACAUCAAUUGCACGGAGAACUCUGGAUCCUCUCUACCAACAACAGUUGGUUUUCCAUGAAGACUACCGAGGGUGUGUCCUCCAGGUAACAGUAUGGGGUGAUUAUGGUCGAAUGGAAAAAAAGGUCUUCAUGGGUGUAUCUCAGAUCAUGUUAGAUGACUUAGAUCUUUCCAAUAUUGUGAUUGGAUGGUAUAAACUGUUUCAUCCCUCUUCACUGGUAAAUCUGCCAGCUAGUGGACAGAGAAAUAACCUUGUUUCCAUGGACAGCUUUGGUUGAAUAUUCUGUUCAGUCACCUUGUACAUUAUUGAGGUUACAAGGGGGAGAUAAGUCAUAUUAAAGAUGGCUGACUAUGCUGGCUCCUUGAUGGUGCAUAUCACCUGCAUGCUGAGAUAAAAGAUUUACUCAGAGUGCCUGCUGUGACAUAAGAAGCUAAUGUUCCAAAGGAGUUUCAAAGACUUAUUAGUGUUACAAACUUUGCUCUUUCAAAUUUUAUAAAGAUAUUUCUCUUUCAAAUGUUCUUCCGCCAUCUUGUUGUUUUAUUGGAGAAGAUUAAUAGCCUUUAAACACAUGGACUGAUGCUUGGGUUUCAAAGGAAAUGUGAGCUUCUUCACACCAAUACCUCACAUCUUCAGUCAUCUGCCUUUGGCUGAGUUACAUAGAGGUGCGCAUGUGCGGAGCUAUGCCGCUGUGCUACCAAACCACAAGUGGUCUUAUUGCACGUACCUGAAAAGAUGGAACACUCCUGUAAAUGAUGAAAACAAAUGUUAGAACUACAAUGGACAUAUGCAACUAUCUUGCCAAAUAGAAUCAUUUAGCUGUUGAUAUUAGAAGUAAGUAAAAACCAAAGUUUCAUGAGGUUAAGAUGUUAAAAAAUAAAUAAUCUUUGCUGCAUUCAUUCCUUGUGUGACCUAGAUCGCUAGAUGGCACCCAUAGUUUGAUUUGGUUGAUGUUUGUAAGAUAGAUCAGAGUACAGGGUUGUGUAUACUAUGGUGCUGUUUGACUCUUUGUUCAAAACAGCCAUAACUUCCAUGGUGAAAUUUAGCAAAACAAGAAGCAUCAAAUGAUAUUUGUCAAUAAAUAAAAUAGAUAUUACAGUGUUAUAAAGCACUGGCUUUGAGAGAAAAUAAAUUAAACAGUGAUUUAGAAAAUUAGCUUCUUAUAAAUUCAGCAAAAAGUCUAAAGACACAACAUUUCAUGUGCUUUUUUCAUUAUAUGUAAAUGUUGAUCUUAACUACUUGUAGUUUUUACAAUUCAACAUAAAAGAAAACUCUUUCAAGUCCUUCAGUAGGUUAUUGUUUUGACUAAAAAAAGGUAAAAAUAGAUGGCAGCUUAAUCAUCUUUUUUUUUUUCAAAUACUAAAUUUUAUAAGAAAAUUUAUCUAAUUAUUUAGGUACUUUUUGUAGCUUUUUUUUUUUACCAAGUAUGAGAUAUCAGAUAAAUUUUCCAAAAGAAAGCUUGUUUGGUUUAAAAUUUACCAAAUUAAACCAAACAAUUAGAGAUAAAUUUCCUGUUUAUAUUGAUGUGUUUGAUAAAAUCAUUCAUCAUGUCAUUGAAAAAUUAUUAACCAGGUGUAAAAAAAACAAUUUUGUCUUUAUUAAAUAUCAAAAUAU